AUGCUGCUGCUGCUCCUCGCGGCGAUCAUUUGGGGGACAACCAAUCCGCUGCUGAAGCGCUACAGCAGCGGCAUGGCCGCCGGGUCCUCGUUUGUGGAGGAUCUCCGCUUCCUUGCGGCGCGGCCCAAGUAUCUGGCAACGCAGCUCGUCAACCUCAGUGGCUCGGUCUUCUUCCUCGCCGGGCUGCGUCACGUCGACGUGGCGGUUGGCAGCAUGGUCGCCAACGCCCUGGCGUUUGUGCUCACCGUGCUGCUGAGCGCCUUUGUGCUGCGGGAGGGCCCGCUGCGGCCGACGACGCUGCUGGGCUGCGUCCUGGUGGUGGCGGGCACGACGCUCUGCGGACUUGCCUCCUCCUCCUCCUCCUCGCACGGCUGA